ACCACUACCCCACCACCCCUUCGAGGCUUCUAGGGGAGGUCUCCAGUGCAAGACUUAAAGGCGAGGGCUCGGGCCGCCUAGGCGCGGGAACAGCGAAUGCGCACCAAGAGGCCACGACCCCCGGUGAGGCGCCAGCUGGGCGUUGUUUCGGAGCUCAGGAGCCCUGGCUGGGCAGGGGAGCCAGCGCAGGCGCAGCAGGAAACGCCCCAGGCCGGGCCCGCAGGGCUAGGAGAGCGGUGUCUGGGAGGGUCAGGGUGGCGCCAGGCCAGGGCUGCGGGCUCAGCUCACCUCGCCCUGGACUUGGGAGGGGCGAAGCACCGCCCGUGGGCCUGCCGAUGCCCCGCCCGCCCCCUCCAUGGCCCCGGCCAGGCGAGAGCUACAGCAUGAGAGCCGGUGCCGCCCCUCACGGCCGGUGGACGCGUGGCGAGCCGCGGCGGCUACUCGUGGGCACUGCAUGGGGACGCCGGGGGUCCGGCGUCGCUCACGGCGCGGAGGCUGGAGACUACCCCGGAGCUUCUCUGCGCUGGCGGCAGUGGGACUACUGUGCACCGCGUUGACCGCCUGCAUCUGCUGGGGACAGCUGCCGCCACUGCCCUGGGCAUCCCCAUCCCCGCAACGCCCGGUGGGUGUGCUGCUCUGGUGGGAACCCUUUGGGGGGCGCGGCGGCCACCCCAAGCCUCCCCCCAAUUGCAGCCGGCGCUUCAACAUCAGCGGCUGCCGCUUGCUCACCGACCGCGCGGCCUACGGGGAGGCUCAAGCAGUGCUGUUCCACCACCGCGACCUGGUGAAGGGACCCCCCGACUGGCCCCCGCCCUGGGGCGCCCAAGAACGCACGGAUGAGGCGCUGGCGCUACGCAUGUUCGACGACCAGGAGGGAGCGGUGAUGCUAGCUGGAGAAGCCCUAGAGACCGCAGGCUCUCGUCCCCCGGGUCAGCGGUGGGUGUGGAUGAACUUCGAAUCGCCCUCCCAUACUCCAGGGCUGAGGGGCUUGGCCAAGGACCUCUUCAACUGGACACUGUCCUACCGGACCGACUCGGAUGUCUUCGUGCCCUAUGGCUUCCUCUACCCCAGGAGCGAUCCAACUGACCAGCCUCCAGGCUUGGGCCCUCCACUGGCUCGCAAGCGGGGACUGGUGGCCUGGGUUGUGAGCAAUUGGAACGAGCGCCAGGCACGAGUCCGUUACUACCACCAGCUGAGUCGGCACGUGUCUGUGGACGUGUUUGGCCGGGUGGGACCCGGAAAACCAGUGCCAGCCAUCGGGCUGCUGCACACUGUGGCCCGCUACAAGUUUUACCUGGCCUUUGAGAACUCACAGCACGUGGAUUACAUCACCGAGAAGCUGUGGCGGAAUGCCUUUCUGGCUGGGGCCGUACCAGUGGUGCUCGGUCCAGAUCGUGCCAACUAUGAGCGCUUCGUGCCUCGUGGCGCCUUCAUCCACGUGGACGAUUUCCCUAGUGCUGCCUCCCUGGCUGCCUACCUGCUCUUUCUCGACCGAAACGUGGCUGUCUAUCGCCGCUACUUCCACUGGCGCCGGAGCUUUGCAGUACACCUCACUUCUUUCUGGGAUGAGCCAUGGUGCCGGACAUGCCAAGCUGUGCAGACCUCUGGGGACCAGCCCAAGAGCAUCCAUAACUUGGCAGACUGGUUCCAGCGAUGAGGCCAUUCUUCUGUGGACUGACUACAUCUCCUUGGCUGAGUUUUCUAAAUACCCAAUUUUUCUUUGUUGGAAGAAGAUGAGUUACCAAUUAAUAUUAUUUAGCCCAAGGAUAAGGGGUAAGGGGCUGUGGUGUUCUGGAUGAAGGGGGCUCUUCCUUACCUGUCACCCACGUGAAGGAGUGGCCUGUCUUUCUGGCCACAGUUCUUAUAAGGGGCCCAUGUGGCCUCUAAAUUUUAGACAUAUUUGUUCUCUGAUCAUGGUUGCUUGGACCAGUGAGGAACAGAUCACAGAUUUUUGAAAGCUGGUGGGUAUGAGAUAGUGGAAGGAUUGUGCCCACAGGUGGGACUUUCUUUGGUGGUUGGAUUCCUCAAACCCUCUGAACCUGGAAAAGAUAAGAAGCCAUUGAGUUCCUUCACCAGCCGUGUGUGUGUGUGUGUGUGUGUGUGUGUGUGUGUGUGUGUGUGUGUGUCCCCAGCCCUGUGAAUAGACACAAGAGGCAAGAUUCUCCUCAGAGGAAAGUUAAGAUGACUUGGGUGCACCUCACUUCCGGCUGGAAUCCUGCCCUUGAAAAGCUGCAUUUACGUGACAUCCCAAGUUCAGGGGCUUCAAGAGUGAAAGUUUUUAGUAGAUAUAAAUGAAAAGUCCCUUUGCAAUGUGAAUGACUGUCUUCUAAUGACUUCUAAUGACUUCUUAUAGUUUCCCAUUGCCUGGAUUAGGAAAACAUUAAAAAUACAGAUAUGAAAGAACCACAAGCAAUCUUCUCUCUCGUUUCCCAGCCAUUGUUUACAAAUGGAAGAGACAAAAAAAAAAAAAAUGGCAACGUCUUGUCCACGAAUUUGUUUAUUCUGUGUCUCUGUUGGACCUGAAAUUUAAACUGGAAUGUGAGUCCUUCAGCAGCGAUGGCAGUGUUGUGCAGAGAGAACAGUGAAAGAUUUUGGUAAACUGUGGGUUUGUGCAUAAGGAGAAGGAAAGCUUUUGCGUUGUCUGUACGUGGUUGUUCGAUUUCUGUCUGGUUUUUGUCCAGUGGCGCUGGCCUAGUGCUUACUACAAUUAGUUGUCUGUUCUUUGUUCUUCCCCUGUCCUGCUCCUAGGUACAUUCACUCAUUCCAGUGCCUUGGACCCUGCGCUGUGGGACCAAUCUUGAAAACACAGUCAUUGAUUUUCCACGUUCAACAGAUGUCAGGGCAUGCCUGCUGGUGCCAGAUACUGGGCUUGAGCUCCCAGGGGAAGGAAAGUAUAGAAGGGUGUGAGGAAUUGCCUCCUCUUGGGGGCUCCUGCAAUCUACUACUGCCACAGGGAAAUAGGGAUUUUGGUUACACAGAGUAUUGUUCCUAAAUCAGUCAGUUGACUGAAGGCCUUAAGUUGUUAAACUAGGACCCUCAGACACUGUUAUGGGCAGGGCCCAAGAUUAACUUGCUGUAUACAAAGUUCUGUCCCUGUUGGGUAAGGACAGUUAUUUGAAUCUUAAAUCAGGUUCACAUCCAAGAGCUUUCACUACUUAGGCCCAGGUGCUUCUAGACCGUCUUCCAUAAAAGGAGUAAUUAAAAGCUGUGAAUAACACUGCCUCAUUAAAGUGUUACAGUGUGGGCAGAGCCACAGUUGCAGAACACCAGCGGCCCAACAAAGGUAAACAAAAGUUCUGGGGGUUGUGUUCGUUUACUUUGGUUUUCAAACAGGAUUUCUCUGUAUAGUCCUAGAACUCUCUAUGUAGAGACCAGGCUGGCCUUGAACUCUAAGAGAUCCACCUGCCUCUGGCUUCCUCGGGCUGGAAUUAAAGGUGUAUGUCAUGAUGCCCCGCUUAAAAGUUGUGUUUUAAAGAUGAAUGUUAACGAAGUAUUGGCCGGGGGUCUUAGUGUUGUUAGAAAUCUACCCUGGGGAGUGGCAGAGGCUUUAGGACUUGGUAAUCUGGGUUAGUUUUGCCCUCCGGCUGGGACACACUGGGAUAAGGAAGGAGCCUGAGCCCAUCUUUUGUGGAGCAUGGGAAGAGGGCGCCUGAGGAUUUACUGUGUGAAGGAAGCUAUGCCACCUCAUGUUUAGUGGGCAGUUGGCCAAAUAUGUGAAUUCAUAAGCAUACUGCCUACUUUUCUUUGCAGGGAUUUUGUAUACCCUCAUAUGCAUUUUACAUCUGAAAUUAAAUUUCAAGAUCUAUUACAGAACAAAUAAAAAAAGGAGAGUUAGUCAUAUACUGUCUAUUUCAAAUAAAUCCUUAAAACUGAGCCAUAUUUCAGAAUCAUACAAUUUCUAUAAAGCUUAUAUUUUCAGUCCAGAAGUAUGUAUGUUUUGAUAAAGCUGUGUAAUUAAAAUGGUUUGGAUUGUUUCACCUAUACUUUCUGCAUUAAAUCUGUGUAAAACUA